AUACAAAUAACUGAAAAUUCAACAGUAAGAAAAAAGAAUCUUAUAACUGAAACCCUUAUUGAUUUAAGUACUGAUUUGCCAAUAGAUAACACAGUGCUCAAUAAAGAUAAGAAAUUAUCUGAUACAAUACCUCUAUAUUUUCAAAUUAAAUCUCACAAUAUCCAGCUUUCUAUUGAAUUGCGAGAUAUG